AUGGGUUCCGCGGCACUAAGCGGAGAUCUGGAUAUCAAUCCAGAACGUGUCGGUCGUCCAAGACUUGACCCUUACGAGAGGCUUCUUAGUCGAUUUUACGAGCAGUUGUUUCUUUUGAAUGCACUUGGACAGACCCGGGGCAACCACACAUUUCCACCAUUUGAGCUUGAUGACCGUCGCGCUAAAGCCCGUCGAUUUCUUCAAAACCUUUGUUAUAUAUGCGACUUCAAAAAAGGAGGCAGCGCAUGCACUUCCGUCGGCCUCGAGGAGCUCGAUACGUGCUACAAUUUCUGUGUCGCUACCAACGGGGAGACUGGCAAAAUCGCCGAAUUUCUCACAACCGCCCUUAGCAGUCUGGAAGAUAUAGCCCACCCGACUGGCACAAAUCAAGAUUACAAGAAUUCGAGGUUCUUACACCUGUGCAUUGAGUUCGCUGCUAAACGCAUCGAAGGGGAAAAAAAAUGUCUUCGCAGAGGGGUAAAGGAUUGUCUAUCUAGGCUGAAAGGACAAACUUUGGGAUCCGAGUUCGUUGAGUGGCUGGAUAUGGUCGUGAGCUUCGAUAAUCAUUUCCAGCUCUGCGAAUUCGCGUAUAACACUCGCCAUUCAGAUCAGGUCAGGGAGCUCUAUGACCGGGCCAUGGAAGAAGAGGCACGGCGGGCCCCUUCAGAGAAACGCUCGUCGUUUUUCUUAGUGCGACAUUAUGUAGGCCGACUUGCUCAUCAUAUACGGGCUCCAAAACAGCUGAUUGAUGACACGGAGGACCUAAACUUCCUUGGUAAUCAUACAGUUUAUGCUAUUGGCGCGCCAUCUGCCGUACCUCCGACUAUCCGCGAUUCACAGGUCAAUCUUCGAGGCAUUCUGAACCGAAUGUUUAGGAAAGGCGAUGAAGAAAGACCACAGGUCGAAGGCGGUCUCCUCCACUUGAACAAGGUGGCUGGGGUCUUCGGAAAGUUUCUGCAUGAAUAUGAACAUUCCUCACCUGAAGUUCAUGCCGAGGUCCAGGUGUUGGAGCACUUCCACAAGAUGCAGAAGUCAUUUGCGGGCGAGGACCGUUUCAUCGCUUGUAGUAAGCCAGCAUGCUUAUGCUGCGAAAUGUACUUCAAGUAUCAUCCGGCCCAUGUGACGGUAUCUUGUUCUCAUCGCAAGAUUUGGCCGAACUGGAGUCCUCCACAUUUGAAUCAUUUUGACAGCCAAAACCCCGCCACCAGGCAACAAAGGGACAUACUGAACAAGAUGACCGGAGACCUGCGCGGCCAAGUAAUUGCCCAUGUUCUACAACGCUCACCGUCGAAUCCCUGGCAUCCUGACUCAAUAACAAACAUCACGAAUGUCCGAUACUCCGACAAUUUUUCCGUCUCGUUCGAGGUAUCAAACGCAACGACUACAAAACUCUUUCCAGUUGUUUUGUUAUCAACUCAUCCGAACGGAUUCAACAGCCCGCCCGAGACAGCAAUCCCCCACAUCUUGGAAGGAGAAGCGGAUUUUGAUGACGUUUCUGAUGAAGAAAAGGGCGGGGUCUCUAUUUUCGAUUGUACUCCAGCAACUCUAGAUACGCUCGGGAAUUUAUUCUAA